AUGUUGAGUCCGCCAGUAUUGGUACCACUUGUGGUCGGGAGACCCCUCCUCUUAAACCUGACGGUAAAUGAAGGAUCCAUGGGAUGUGUGUUAGGACAGUAUGAUGAAACUGGUAAGAAAGAAAGGGUAGUUUACUACUUGAGUAAAAAGUUCACUGAAUACGAGUCCAAGUAUUCCUCGUUGGAAAAGAUGUGUUGUGCUUUAGCAUGGAUGGCGCAUCGACUCAGGCAGUACAUGCUAUAUCAUACCACUUGGCUCAUUGCGAAGUUGGAUCCUAUUAAAUACGUCUUCGAGAAACCCUCCUUAUCAGGUAGAGUGGCAAGAUGGCAAGUGUUAUUGUCUGAAUAUGAUAUUGUAUAUGUGUCCCAAAAAGCUAUCAAAGGAAGUACAAUCACGGAUUUUCUUGCAGAAAUGGUGGAAAAGGAUUAUGAACCAAUGGAGUUUGAGUUUUCGGAUGAGGACUUGAUGUUAAUAUGCCAAACAAGUGGAGAGAAAUCGGAGAAAGAAAAUUAG